AAAGUCCUUGCAUCUGAGCACAACAGACCUUAGCUAGCUGCUUUCAUACUUGAACAUAACACACACUCUGUACAGUCAGGACAUCAAACCCCCAGGACCACCAGAGAAGAUCAUCUUUCUGAUGGACCUCCAGAUGAUGCUCCUGGAUGUGAUCUCCUUCCUUCCUUCCAGCCGCUCACCAAGCCCAUCGACGGCUGAGCUUGUCCUCAUCACAGGGUCAGGGGGCGCCUUGGGACGUCUCUUCGCCCUGGAGUUCACCAAACACGGGGCAGAGGUGGUGCUAUGGGACGUCAAUGCUAACAACAACGAGGAGACUGCCAGGUUAGUGAGGGAGGCGGGGGGCAAGGCGUAGCCCUACAGGGUGGACGUGACCAACCGGGUGGAGGUGUACCACACGGCGGACGAGGUGCGGACGGACCUGGGCCGUAAUGUCACCAUGCUAGUGAACAACGCCGGGGUGGUUGCCGGGGUACGGCUGAUGGACUGUCCGGAUGAGCUGGUGGAGAGGACCAUGAAGGUCAACUGUCACGCCUUCUUCUGGAUGACAAAGGCCUUCAUUCCCCAGAUGAAAGAGCAGAACCAUGGACACGUCGCCAGCGUCCCGGGUCUCUUCAGCACUGCCUGUGUGGAGUGGUGUUUCUGUUUGUACCAUGAUUAUUGCGCCAGUAAGUUUGCGGCGGUGGGUUUCCACGAGUCCCUGGCCCACGAGUUGCUGACUGAGGAAUUUGAUGGAGUCAAGACCACUCUUGUGUGUCCCUAUAUUGUCGACACGGGCAUGUUUGACGGGUGCAAGAUCCGGGAUGAGGUAGCACUGUUCCUGGCACCGCUGGAGCCGGAGUACUGUGUGGAGCAGGCCAUGAACGCCAUCCUAAUCGACCAGUCCCUGGACUGCAUCCAACUUCACAUCAAACGUAGUGCUUGUACAGGACAACUGUUGCCGUGGGAGUCCAACGUGGUGACCUAUCGGUUCAUGGGGUCAGACAAAUGCAUGUACCCCUUCAUAAAGAGCAAGAAGUACAACCUGACCUACCCUGAUUGCAGCUAACUAACUCUCCCUGUCAAUUCAGUCUCUACAAACGAAAUCUAA